AUGGGACCCGAGAAGACGCAGUCGGUCGCCGAUGUGACAGAGGCCAGUCCGGACGGCGAGAAGGGCCAGGCGCUGUCGGUGACGUCGUCGUCGUCAUCGCAGCAGGCAGACAAGAAGGAGGCGGUGGGCAGCAUCGCGGCGGUGCUGCGGCACGCGGACCAGGACGAUGCGGACGAGGCGUUGAAGGUGCUGCGAGCACAGGGCAGCUCGGUGCGGCCAUUGACAGCAGCCGAAGAGCGGCGGCUGGUGCGCAAGAUCGACUGGCACCUGAUGCCGCUGCUGUGUGUGGUGUACGGGCUGAACUUUCUGGACAAGACGACGGUGUCGUAUGCGUCGGUGAUGGGGCUCCGAAAAGACAUCGGGCUCGUCGGACAGGACUAUGCCUGGGUGGCCAGCAUGUUCUACUUUGGCUACCUGGCGUGGGAGUGGCCGACGAGCCGGCUGCUGCAGCGGCUGCCGCUGGCCAAAUGGUCGGCCGCCAACGUGAUCAUGUGGGGGCUCGUGCUCUGCUGCAUGGCGGCCGUCCGGGACUUCUCGCAGGCCAUGGCGGUGCGCUUCUUUCUCGGCGUGUUCGAGGCGGCCGUCAGCCCCGGAUUCGCCCUGCUGACGAGUCAGUGGUACACGGCCGGCGAGCAGGGCGUGCGCGUGGGCAUCUGGUUCAGCUUCAACGGCGUCGGCCAGAUCGUCGGCGGCCUUGUGGCCUAUGGCAUCGCUGUCGGCACCAAGCACCAUCCUCUGGCCCAUGGGUUGCACCCGUGGCAGCUGCUCUUCCUCGUCAUCGGCUUCUUCACCGCCGCCGUCGGCGUCGUCUUUUUGCGCGUCAUGCCUGACAACCAGAUGAACGCUCGCUUCCUGACGGCAGAUGAGCGUGUUCAGGCCGUCGAGCGCAUUCGCGGCAACCAGCAGGGCGUAGGGAACAAGCACUUUAAGUGGUACCAGUUCCGUGAGGCCCUGACCGACCCUAUUGUUUGGGCGUUUGUGUUUUACAGUCUGGUUGCGGAUAUUCCUAAUGGCGGCAUCAGCAACUUCUUCUCUCAGCUCAUCGUCUCCUUCGGCUUCACCAGCGAGCAGUCCCUCCUGCUCGGCAUUCCUGGUGGUGCCAUCGAGGUUAUCGCCUUGAUUGCCGCCGGCUUUCUGGGAGACCGUCUGAAAAACCGGCUCCUCGUCUGCACUUCCGGCCUGCUCAUCUCCAUCCUCGGCAUGCUGCUCGUCACGUGCCUCGACAACCAUCAUCGUGUCGGCCGGUUGAUCGGCUACUACUUCACCAUGGCCUCGCCCACACCCUUUGUGGCCCUGCUGUCGCUGGUGGCCACCAACAUCGCCGGCUGGACCAAGAAGACCACCGUCGCGGCCAUGUACCUGAUCGGCUACUGCGUCGGCAACAUCAUCGGCCCCCAGAUCUUCCGGGACAAAGACGCCCCUGAAUACCGACCGGCCGAGAUCACCAUCAUCGUCUGCUGGGCCCUCGCCCUGCUGGACAUCCUGUUCAUCUACUUCUGGUGCCGGCGCGAGAACAGCCGCAAGGCCGCCAUCCGCGCCCACCCCGGCUACUGCAAGCUGGAGGGCCAGGAGUUUUACGACUUGACCGACCGCGAAAACCCUGAGUUUGUCUACAGCCUUUAG